AUGAGUCAACGAGCACUGGCUAAUAAUGAUUAUAGUCACGGUGGGUACUGUUAUGCCAGUAAUAAUUUAAGUUGUGUCUACUAUGAUUCGCCAGAGUUCUAUUCUUACCAACAUCCUGAGGAGAAGUACACCGACCCCAUCAGUUUAUCAAACGUUCACCGAAGCCAGUUUCACGUUGUUGAGGCGCAAAGUGAUGAGGACGCCAACUAUUCCAGUUCCCUAUUUGCGGACUCGAUUUUUCAGAACUGUGACAGCACGGUUGAUGACUCUACACGCCCUUUUGCUGAUUCUGCUUUUAAUUCGGCACUUCCCUUCCCUGAACACAGCCAGUCCUAUGAUAAUAACCAGACUGACUAUACUGUGUAUGAGUUGUCGACUCCAAGUGACUUCACCACAUCGAAGAUUAAACACGUAGACCAUGCUAAUGAGUUUACCAUUUAUCAAGACGAUGCCUUUUUGGAUUCUGGACAGCCCCUUUAUUCUGCGCCACAAAAUGCGACUUCCUUGAGCAACAUCCCAUGUAAUAGGGACCACUCAACAUAUCAGACCUAUUCGUAUUCUUCUUAUCAGUUUGAUGACACCUUUAAUUACGCUUCGGAACAAGUGGUUUCGUCAUCUGGUCCCUACACUAAUGGGUUUAGUUCGGCUUCCGGAGGUGGGGCACGUUGUGCCGCUGAUUCUCAGAUUAACUAUCAGGUUACUGUUAAUAGCCAGGAGUCAAUGUUUACAUCUGGUGAGAACUUUCCCCAGACCCAGUUAAAUCAGCAGCCUUAUGCAUAUUCCACUCCAUACACAAAUAAUCAACCGGCGAUACCCACCCCUUAUAACCACUCUGCGUGCUAUGUCACGCAUCACGGUACAUUUUCAUCACGCUAUCAGGAGCCACAAGAAGUCUGCCAGGAUUCUCAACCAAAUAUUUAUCAACAGAAUCAGAAUAUCCAUUACACUGACCUCUACACCGAGCCCGUUCAACCUGUUUGGCAGGAGCAGCCUUGCGGCAGUCAUAAUUCACAAUGGCAUUCCCAAGCAUCGAACACCUGUGAUCACAGAGAGGAUUACAGCCGAAUGCAGAUCUAUAAUGGCAGUAGGUCAUGUUCAUACGAGUCGCAACAGCAGCAUCCUUUUGGCUUCGCUGAAAAUUACCCACCAAAUGCACAAAGUGAUACCCAAAGACUUCAAUCACUGUCGAAGCCUAUUCAAUCUUUCGAAAAGUCAGAUAUCACGAAUAAGGUUACGGACUCUGCGUUGCAGGAAGCCCGUCAGGAACAACGGCUUGAUCCAGAUAUGGAUGGGGAGGAGGAAGAGGAAGAUGAUAGUAUUCCUUCCCUGUCUCAUCCUGGAUCACCAUGCGAACCAGUUCAUGAAUAUGCCUGCUCUCAGUGCGCCAAACGGUUUGAUAGGCCAAGUCACCUGGAAAUUCACUUUCGCACUCACACAGGCGAGCGUCCUUUCCGUUGCUGUAUUUGCUCAAAGGCCUUUUCACAGGCCUCAAAUCUACAGCGGCAUAUGAAAUCGCACAAAACCUGGCCGCAGUUGCGUUCAGUCGGUGGCACCGUGUCCUCCAGCAACCUCCUGAUGAAACCCUCCCGCUCAAUCUUAUCAGUUGCACGGAGGGUGCAGGUUUUAUCUGCUUCCGAGAUGCUGAACUAUAGCCUUGUGAACAAUCAGUUUGAGUGCAGGUUCUGCGGGAUGCGAGUGAAUGGAUUUCAAAAUAUGCGCUCUCAUAUGGUGGAGCAUAAUGAUGAAAAGGUCUACCAGUGUGUCGUGUCUUCUUGUUUGAAGACCUUUACGGAACUGGAAGCCUUUACAGAUCAUUUAAACGUAGCGCAUGACUUGGCCAAUUCCAAGUGGCUUCGAUGUAAUAAGUGUGAAAAGCAAUUUGAAAAUGUCCGAUCUGUCGGAACCGGCGCUUUGCUCGGUAUGGAUUACUGCGCUUGCAUCUGCUCAAUGAUCAUGCUGUUACGAGCGGGCAAAUUGGGUAACCUAACGCCACUGGCACAACCAGCCAUUUCUGUGUCACAAGACACCCUCUUGACGGUUGCGAGUGAACCCACACAACCACUUGAGGACUGUGGCGGUAAUAACGACGUAAGCGGCAGUGGCAGCAUCAGUGUGGAGGCGUCGCAAACACAGCUCCCAAAAGACUCGCAUGUUCCACUUCGGCUCGCCAAUGUCCACCUCGUUGUCGAUCGACGUGCCGCCAACGAUGUUACUGCCAAACGGCGCGUCAGGCAGCACACCGACGUGCCCCCUCUUGCCUGUCCACUGUGUGGCCGUGUGUUUAAAAAGAGGAAAUUUUUCGAUGACCACUGCAUCUUCUGCCAGCAGAAACAGAUUGAGGCGGAGCGUCGUCAGCGUUGGCGUAACAGUCGACGACAAUCGGGCAAUCCGGUGGGGUUGGAAGACUCCGCGACCGCAGUUACCUCAGAGACGCCUCUUCUGACAGAACCAGUCAUGAGACGACCGCAUCGCUCCCAUCGCAGCGUUCACGCCCCUCCUCCGCCACCACCACUACCACCAAAACACUCCAUCCCCGCUUCCUGA